AUGCACGCGGGAUUCCUGGGGUUCUCCGCCCUGCUGGUGGCGGCCGAGCAGAGUGCGCGCAUCUGCACUGUGGUUUAUUACUUCAUCACUGGACAGCUUCUUUGGGGUUGGCUGUCCUUCGCUGCCUUAUUGCCUGGCAUCUUGGUCCAGGGCCUGAGUUAUGUAUGGUUUCGAGCUGAUGGACAUCAAGGUGGUUGUUCUCUGAUGCUUCUGCACGUCCUUCAGCUUGGUGUUUGGAAACGGCACUGGGAUGCUGCUUUAGCUGCUCUGUCUAAGGAAUGGGAGGCCCCCCGCCAGGGCCAACUGCUGCUGCAGGAGGCAGACCUGUCGGCCCUCCGGCUUUUGGAAGCCUUGCUUCAAACCGGGCCCCACCUGCUCCUUCAAACAUAUAUGUUUCUAGCCUCUGACUUCACAGAUACUGUUCCAGGGGUGAGUGCCGUGUUUUCCUGGUUUUCACUGUCCUGGGCUCUGGUGUCCUAUGCUCGUUUCAUGGGCUUCAUGAAACCAGGCCACCUCUCCAUGCCAUGGGCUGCCCUUGUCUGCCAGCAAAUCUGGAGGAUGGGCAUGUUGGGAACCCGCGUCCUGAGUCUGAUUCUGUUUUACAAAGCUUACCACAUCUGGGUUUUGGUAGUUGGAGGUGCCCACUGGCUGGUGAUGACGUUCUGGCUUGUGGCACAGCAGAGUGACAUCAUCGAAAGCACCUGCCACUGGAGACUGUUCAACCUGCUCGUUGGGGCUGUGUACAUCUUCUGCUACCUUAACUUCUGGGACAGCCCUUCCAGAAAUAGGAUGGUCACAUUCUACUUGAUAAUGCUGAUGGAGAACAUCAUCCUUUUGCUAUUGGCCACCUAUUUUCUCCAGGAGGUAUCGUGGAGCAGCCUCUGGGUGAUAGUAGGUGUCAUGUCUGGAUUUCUGAUUGGCAGUGUCUCGCUGGUAAUUUAUUACAGCCUACUGCAUCCCAAAUCCACAGACAUUUGGCAGGGCUUCAUUAGGAAGUCCUGUGGCACUGCAGGUGGUGAUAAAGCAGAGAAAGAAUCCAACAGGUUGGGGAGUCCGAACUUGUGCCAAAGGGAAGGCUCUGAAUUGACAUGUCUGGAAACAUCCCCCAGCCCAGACUGGGGCCCUUCAGGUGCUGAUCUGCGGAGCCAAGUUACUGAGGAGGACUCUUUCCUGAGACACCACCACUGGCUGUUGGUGAAACUUGCCUUAAAAACCGGAAAUGUGUCCAAAAUCAAUGCAGCCUUUGGAGAUGACAGUACUGGAUGCUUUUGCCCCCCAACAUGGCAAUCGAGUCAACAGUAUAAUCAACAGAGAAAACUUUUCUUUUCCCAGCAAGAGUUCCCAUCAUCACCCCUGGACAUCCAAGCCUUAGAGAAAGUCUCUGAUAUCGAACGUGUCCCUAAAGCAGAGGCCGAGCCCUUGGAAACCUCAAGCUACGUCUCUUUCACCAGUGAUCCUCACAACAGUGUGCCUGCUCAGAACUUGUCAAGUAGCCUGAAGGAAGGAACUGUGGUGUUGCCCUGUGAAGCCAUAGUCACUGUGGUCCAGGAAAGAACUGUGAGUGAGCAGGCCAAAGAAGGGGAAGCACAGGAGGGUCCCACUCUAUAUUUCAGUGCCAUCCUAGAAGGGGCCACAUCUGUACACCAAGAAGGCAAGGCAACUCCACAGAUGUCCUACUCUGGAAGGAGGAUGGGAAAAAGUAACCCUGCCCAGCCUGCCUCACCUCAGUCGGUCACUAAACCCUUUCCUGUCACCAUGGCUAAUAUUAGCCCCAUCCUAGGCACUGGCCCAGGAAAAACCUUCCGCCCCAGUACAGGCUUCUCUGGAGGGAUCCCAGGUAACUCAGAAUGUGGAGAUCGGCAGGAACCUUUGAGGGAUCUAACUCAUCCUGCUGCAGUAAGUAUGUGGAUGCCAUUCCCAAAGACUAGACUGAGACCGGGGGAUGAGCCCUGCCUCACUUCAACCCCUAAGUCUGAAUCCAUCCAAAGGGACUGCAACUGGAAGGAAAGGUGGAAGCAAGAGAGGAGUUUUUUCAUCUGA